UUCCCCGGCUGCCUCUCUCCCUCCCUUCCUCCCCUCCCAUCCCUCCCUCCCCAGCCUCCCGUUGCGAUCCUCCGGAGCGGCUGCGGGAGCGGCGGGCGGCCGGGCCGGCAUGCAUCCAUCCCCGCCCGCGGCCGCGGCCGCUGCCCUAGCGGGAAUUACAGCCUCUCCCAGCCAGCUGCCAGCAUGAUUUCAUCUGCUGGAGGAUUUUUGCAGCUGAUCGCUUGAGGUUUUGUUGUUGUUGUUUUUUUUUUUUUUUUUCUUUUUUUUUUUUCCUCCCUCUGUCUUUGUUUCCUUCCCCCUUUCCCCCCCUUCCCCUCCCUCCAUCCCCCCUUUCCUCCUCCUCCUCUUUUUUAGAAGCAGCAAUCGGAGAUGGAUGUCUCUCUUUGCCCUACCAAGUGCACUUUCUGGAGGGUUUUUUUGCUCUGGAGCAUUUGGGGAGACUAUCUGCUUUCGGUGCUGGCUUGCCCUGCUAAUUGUCUUUGCAGCAAGACAGACAUCAAUUGCAAGAAGCCGGAUGAUGGGAACCUCUUCCCUCUCUUGGAAGGGCAGGAUUCAGGCAGCAGCAAUGGCAACACGAGCAUCAAUAUCACGGACAUCUCAAGGAACAUCACUUCCAUACACAUAGAGAACUGGAAGAACUUGCAGACACUGAACGCCGUUGACAUGGAGCUGUACACGGGACUCCAGAGGCUGACAAUCAGGAACUCAGGACUACGAAACAUCCAGCCAAGAGCCUUUGCCAAGAACCCUCACCUGCACUAUAUAGACCUCUCCGGGAACCGGCUCACCACUCUGUCAUGGCAACUCUUCCAGACACUGCGACUCUUUGAACUGAGAUUAGAGAGGAACCUUUUUAACUGCAGCUGUGACAUCCGCUGGAUCCAGCUCUGGCAGGAGAAGAGCGAGGCAAACCUGCAGUACCAGGAUCUCUACUGCAUGACCAUGGAUGCAGCCAUCAUCACUUUGAAGGAGAUGAACAUCACCCAGUGUGACCUUCCUGAGAUCAGUGUGAGCCACGUGAACCUGACGGUGCGGGAAGGGGAGAACGCGGUCAUCACCUGCAAUGGCUCAGGAUCGCCGCUGCCGGACGUGGACUGGACAGUGGCUGAACUCCACUCCAUCAACACCCACCAGACCAACCUCAACUGGACCAAUGUUCAUGCCAUCAACUUGACCUUGGUGAACGUCACCAGCGAGGACAAUGGAUUCCUGCUCACCUGCAUUGCUGAGAACGUGGUGGGGAUGAGCAAUGCCAGUGUGCUGCUCACUGUCUACUAUCCCCCUCGCAUCCUUACUCUGGAGGAGCCGGUGCUACACAUGGACCACUGCAUUGCAUUUGCAGUGCAUGGGAACCCAGCUCCCACCCUCCACUGGCUGCACAACGGCCAGGUCCUCCGCGAGACAGAGAUCAUCCGCAUGGAGUUUUACCAGCAAGGGGAAGUCUCUGAGGGUUGCCUGCUCUUCAACAAACCCACUCACUACAACAAUGGCAACUACACGAUUGUGGCCACCAACCAGCUGGGCUCAGCCAACCAAACUAUCAAAGGACACUUCCUUGAAAAGCCUUUUCCAGAGAGUACGGACAGCUUUGUCUCAAUCGGUGAUUAUGAAGUGAGUCCCACCCCACCGAUCACUGUGACCCACAAACCAGAGGAGGACACUUUUGGGGUUUCCAUAGCGGUUGGGCUGGCAGCUUUCGCUUGUGUCCUCUUGGUCGUCCUCUUUAUUAUGAUCAACAAGUACGGCCGGCGGUCCAAGUUUGGGAUGAAAGGUCCCGUGGCAGUGAUCAGCGGAGAGGAGGACUCAGCCAGUCCUCUGCACCACAUCAACCAUGGCAUCACGACGCCCUCGUCCCUGGAUGCCGGCCCGGACACGGUGGUGAUCGGCAUGACCCGCAUCCCCGUCAUCGAGAACCCCCAGUACUUCCGACAAGGUCACAACUGCCACAAGCCAGACACGUAUGUCCAGCAUAUUAAGAGGAGAGACAUCGUUUUGAAGAGGGAGCUGGGAGAAGGUGCCUUUGGGAAGGUGUUCUUGGCCGAGUGUUACAACCUCAGCCCCACCAACGACAAAAUGCUGGUGGCAGUGAAGGCUCUGAAAGACCCCACGCUGGCAGCCCGCAAGGAUUUCCAGCGGGAGGCAGAGCUGCUCACCAACCUGCAGCACGAGCACAUCGUCAAGUUCUACGGCGUCUGCGGGGACGGCGACCCGCUCAUCAUGGUCUUCGAGUACAUGAAGCACGGGGACCUCAACAAAUUCCUCAGGGCACACGGCCCAGAUGCUAUGAUCCUCGUGGAUGGGCAGCCUCGACAAGCCAAAGGGGAGCUAGGGCUAUCCCAGAUGCUCCACAUCGCUAGCCAGAUCGCCUCUGGAAUGGUGUACCUUGCCUCCCAGCACUUUGUCCACAGAGACCUGGCCACCAGGAACUGCUUGGUCGGAGCCAACCUGCUGGUGAAGAUUGGAGACUUUGGGAUGUCAAGAGAUGUCUACAGCACUGAUUACUACAGGGAAGGGCCGCGUCUGAAGGGCCAGCUCAGCACAGCGUGGCAGCGACAGAGACUGGCACCGUCGGCAGCUGCAACAGUUGGAGGACACACCAUGCUGCCUAUCCGCUGGAUGCCUCCGGAGAGCAUCAUGUACAGGAAAUUCACCACAGAGAGUGAUGUCUGGAGCUUCGGGGUGAUCCUCUGGGAGAUUUUCACAUAUGGGAAGCAGCCCUGGUUCCAGCUCUCAAACACAGAGGUCAUUGAGUGCAUUACCCAAGGCCGAGUUUUGGAGAGGCCCCGAGUCUGCCCCAAGGAGGUUUACGACAUCAUGUUGGGCUGCUGGCAGAGGGAACCUCAGCAACGGCUCAACAUCAAGGAGAUCUACAAGAUCCUCCAUGCUCUGGGCAAGGCCACACCAAUCUACCUGGACAUCCUUGGCUAGCAGUGGCCACUUAUUGGAAGUCCCUGCUCCUUCCUCCCGUCCUUCCUUCCCUCUCCCCCUCCCAAACCCUUUCCCCUCAGCUCCCAAGCAAACAUCUUCAUAUAAACUCAAGUGCCUGCUACACAUACAACACUGAAAACAAAAAAAAGCAAAACAGAAAGCAAACCAACAAAAAUCCCACAGAACAACAACCUGUAAGGCAGUUUGGCUUAUAUAUAUUUAUAGAUAUCUCUCUAUAUAACUUCCACACCAAUACAGAAAGAAGCUGCUGUUACAGAAAAUUGUGACUAUAUGUAAAAAAGAAAAAAAAAAGAAAGAAAAAAGGGAGAAAAAGUACUUAAAAAUAUAUAUAUAAUUAAAAAGAAAAAAAAAAAAAAAGAGAAAGAAAGGAGAAGGUAUCUUUCCCCCGAGCAAUCAAGCAGUGAAAUGCAACCCUGCUGUGAGUAUGGUUCGGGCAGCUGGGCAGGGCUCUAGACUGGCUAUGGCAGCAACGCCAUCCUGGGUAGGAGCUGCAGGAAGAAAGCCUUGCCCUGGUUGUAUGAUAUGCACUGAAUGUGUGAAAUCAGUCCUCCCUUUUCGUCCUUGCCUCCCUCUCUCCUUGCCAGCCCGCAGGUGAUGGGCACAAAGCCAGGGCAGUGCCCCUGGAUGAACUCUCUUUUACCAACCCCUUCCUCUUAGUCCCUCCCAUCCCUUUCUGCCUUCCUGCCUUUUUCCUCCCCUCCAACAUUUCAGGACAAUUUUUCUAAUUUGCCGAUUCUUAAAUGUAUAGACUCAAGGCUUUCGAACACACAGUCAAAGGAUUGUGGCACCUACGGGUAAAACACACACCGGGGAGCAGCCGCCCUCCCGCAGGCUGCAGGUCCUGCCCCAGCCCUCCUCUGCCCCAGCCCUCCUCUGCCCCAACCCUCUGCCAGUGCUGGGAGAGCAGCGGGACCAAAGCAGCUCUGCCUGGGAGUCCAGGAGGGGUCCUGGGGACCGGGUCCUGAAUUAUCCCCAACCCACUGCAGUGUGUGAGACAGGAGUGCUGCUCACCCAGAGCGUCCAGUGCAGUGGUCACUUUGGAGGAACAGCCCCACUCCUCCCCACCCUUGUGGCUGUUAGUGGCCAAGGGGUUGGUUAGUGGCCGUGGGGUUGUUCCCCUGCCCUCAGCUGUCUGCACCAGGGCCAAAUUUGCCCCCGGUGUAAACUUUUAGUGAGCAGGGUUGGAUUCUUGCUCUCCUCAUGGGGGAAAGGCUACAGGAUGCACACAGCUGGGAACAUGCCUGCAACCCUGCUGGGCAUUCUGUGGGGUCAGCAUAUCCCAGUGCCGUUCCCCCCAUCCUCUCCCCUUCCCCAUUCCUGCCCCAUGCCUCAGUCCAAGCCUCAGGCACAAGCCAGCGGGGGACAGGGAGGGGGACCAGGCUCGUGAGAUGGCUGGGAACCUACCAACACCUGCCUGCAGCUCCCUUGCCAUUCUCCUCACGUCCCCAUCCCCUGAAAGGAUUGAUGCAUCUGCCUUUGAGCUGUUGUGAAAUGCAGAGGCUGAAGAAUAGCUCCACAGGCAGCCCCGGGAGGAGGGGGGAAGGAGGGGAAGGUGCCUUCAGGAGCAGACGGCUCAGCGGAUGGCCGCAGCGGCCAGCCUUGCAUCUCAAUGAGGAGAAAGGCCUGACAGGCAGCAACAGGGGGUGCUGGGGACAGGCAGGGAGAGACAGCAGCAUCCUCACCAUGGCCGAUCUCCCCAGAGCAAAAAAAUAAUCCCGACAUGGGGAAACACUCAGUCAGAUGCUGGAUCCUGCCUGCCCGGACUGGGAUGAGAGUACAAAACCUUUCUGGGCCCUUUUUUUCAUAUGGAUAAUGGAGGAUGAGGGGGAACCUCAGCUUGGCAGCUGCUCUCAGGAGGCAGGGAACGGGCGGCACAGGCAUUGUCAAGGCAAUUUUGAGAAGGCAACAACUGCCAGCACAAAAAUAGCCUGCUCAGAUGUGGCACUUGUGGAGGGCAAUGCAGAUGGGGGAAGAGGGGACAGAGAAGGGAUCUUGGAUCCUUCCCCAUGGCCAGGGGUAAUAUUCAUGUCCAGGAUGCAAGGGGAGCUAGAUGACUGGUUAUGGCUUGCACUGAAAGGGAAGAUCUUGCAUCCUCUCCCCAUCCCCCAUGUCUCCUGACAAUCAAUAUCUCUCACUCAUGGGACUGGCAUGGCCUGUCUGAUGGUUUCAGACAGAGGCAGGGGACACCGCUAAAGGAGGAUUGUGGUGGCAGCAGCAGCUGUGAGUUUAUUCUGUGUCUGUGUAAUGUGCAGUGAGAGCCUGGGUGGGAGAUGGUGGGUGGCAGUAGCCACGUGGGAGUAAGGACAUAACUUUUCUCUGCCUGUUAGAGAGAUCUGGGCUGGUGGGACAGACUCGUGCCCAUGGGGCCUGGACAGACUGCCACUGGACAGGCACCAGGUGCUCACAGCAUCACCAGUGAUGGCAUAGGCAUGGACAAGGCUGUGGGCCAGCACCAGGAAUCCACACACAGGAAUGCUGUACCUCCACAGCAGGACCUUUCUCUUUUGGCAGAGGAUAUCCUGCCUAUUUAGGUCCAACAUUGAAAGGGGAAACAACUGGUUAAAAGGUUGCUGGCCACAGCCUGGCUCCCUUUUUGUGCAGGCUUCUUGGCUGAAAGGAUUGGAGAUUCAGCACAGGGAGAAAGCAAGCAAUGUCUGUUAAUUGUCCAGCAUCUCCAGGAGAAAAGCUUUUCCUGGGGUGGCCUGUCUCUUACCCCAAAUGGCUUCUUGUUCUUGUGGCUCCCAGGCACUGUGCUAGGUUGUGCAAGGCCACAAUUUGUCCACCCACCUCUCUCACUCCCAUGCUGUCAUUUCUUUUUUUGCUUUUACACUACAAAGUCACCUACAGACACUGGUUCCCAGCUGAUGAGGUUCCCUCAUCACAGCUGCACAGCAGCUACAUCCUCCCUUCCUCAGUUCUUUCCUCCUUCCCCUCCUCCCCAGCACCACCACCCUGUCCCUUUCACCACCUCUUUGUACUGUCACAACAACGAGGUGAGCUCAGGAGCCCGGUGUGACACCGAGCCUUGAUGCUGCAUGUUUAGGAUUAGGUGGCCUCUGAGGUGAGUUUAUGUGUCCCCAGAAUAUGGCAAAUGGCUGAAGAAGGUGGUGAGAUGCUCAGGCUCUGGCUGCUUUGCUCUUAGCCCCACCCCGGGCAGUGACUGCCUUGGAGAACAGUCCUUUUGUCAGAGUUAAUUGUGAACUGUUGCUCAGAAGAGCUGGGUAAGCUGCACUUCUGUGCUGUGACAUCUGCUCUGUUGCUGCUCUGGCCCCCUUGGCCUGUCAUUGUUGGAUGGAGGUUUGUUGGGAGCAAGGAGAAGAUUGCGUUUUGUUCAAACACAUUAUAGAAACUGCUGCAUCCCUUUUUGGCAUGACAGUUUUGGAGGGGAAGAGGGAAAGCAGCUGUGCUGCAUUCCUGGUGAACACCCUGAGACCUCGUUUCCAGAAGCACCUUUACUGGAGCAGAAGAGAGCUUCCCAUCAGCAUGGACUGGUGAUCUCCCCUGUAGGAAGAGGGGCUCUGCAAUGGGGCUAUGUGUGAGGAGAAGAAAAGCAAAUUUUGGGGGAAACUCUCACAGAGUAUCAACAUCUGAGUGUUUGGAGUCAAAGAGAAAUGAGUUCAUGCUUCUUUAUUUCUCAGAGAGAUACUUCCCUAUGCCCUGCCUCUACCCAGAGCAGAGAGAUAUCCCUGCUGCCUGGGAACAUGUCUCACCCAGCUCUGGGGCAAGCCAGGCCAAAUUCCCAGCACAUCCAGGCAGACUUCCCACCACUCAGCCUCUUCCAUCUGCAGUUUUCUCAAGGGACUUGUGAAAGGGAGCUGGAAGGAACACCAGUCUGAGCACAGCUGAGAAGGGGCCAUAGGGUCUCCCCUGUCCCAGGUGCAUGCUGCUCCCUAAAAAUUAAAAUUGUUUGCACCAACUCAGUCACCCAAGUGUGUCACUGAAGUGAUGCUUUCUUGGAAGUGAAGGUGCUAUUUUGGUGCAUGGUACAGGUGGAAAUUUUGUGCCAGGGCUGCAAACUGCAGGCAGUGAAUGUGGCUCCAGCCUCAGGGUCUCAUCAGUGACCUGGUUUGUUUUCUCCUGCCAUUAUUUUUCUUUCCACCCCAGUCUGUCAGGUUGCAAGACAGAAGCUGAAAUGUAGCAAAGGGAAGAGAUGCAGAGAACCACCAGACUGAAGGUCCAUCCUGCUUCCUGCACAACUUUCCCAACUGGCCUUUUUAGAUGUCCCUCAGUGCAUGGAUUUUGGGGGGUGAAAAAGUCUGAACUGCCUGUCCUUGGGUCUGCAGGGAGUUGAACUGCAGAUGGGUGACUCUGGCAACUGUGCUGCCCAGACAAAUGUGAAAACUAUGGAAUGCCUUUAAAGAGGGUGCUUGCUUGAGAGGCAUCCUUACCUCAGAGCUGUUUUCUUGUCCCAAGGAGUGGGUGGAACAAGGUGAGAAAAUGUGUGGAGGAAUAAAAGAGCCAAGGAAAGGGAAAAGCUGGUUUUAGAAGGCAACUGAGUAUCUUGGGUUGGGAAAUCAAGACAGAUUUGGGGAGUGUGGUAUAGAAUUUUAAGUAGCACAAUGGAUACAAGCAAAAACAAAAGAAAAUGGCAAUGCACUGCAGUUCCAGGAAAAGUUAGCUAUGAAGCUGGGCAAAUACUGGCUUAAAAAGGAGGCAGAAACCAAUAAAAUCAAGGGACCAUUUAUGCAGGUGGGAAACAAAAUCACUAGGCUUUGUGCUUUUCUGUUGUUUUUGUUUUGGUUUUUUUUUUUGGUUUUUUUUUUUUCCUAUAAGAAAAUGCAUCUAAAAGAAGGUCUCAAAAAUUAUGAUGUUUCAGGGACACAAACAGAGGUAUAAUAUUAUUUGAGCUACUUCCUUUCACAUGAAAGGCUCUUAUUUCCCAGAACUCAAAUGUAUAGGUUUUCUUAGUCCAGGAUAUGGGUUGAAGAAUGCAGACAUGUUCACCACAAGCCCUCAAACCCAGAGGUAGUUUGGAACACCUGAUCAGCAUUCAUUCAUAUGCCAGUCUGUGUGAAAACUGUUCAGCAUAUUAUCUUAAAAUGUUUGAAAAAAAAAUCUUUCUAAUUUCCUCCCUCCCCAGGAGUAUCUACAUCCUUUCCUGAUCUGGCCAGGAAUCAGCUGAACCACUGCAGCCAUGGUACCUAAAGUUUUUGUAACAGCUCUAGGUGUGUUCUCUGGUUGUAAGGCAAUGAUGAGAAUAAGCAAAGGGAGUAAAGGAGUUCCUGGCUGUGAUACCAUGCUGUGGUGGCUCCUCUGAUAGCUGGAAGACUUUGGGUAUCAACAGGGCCCCUCUGCUAUGAGACUCACAGGCACGGGUGUGUCUUGGUGCAACCCAAAAGUUUUGUUCUCCAUUAACGUUUAGUGGCUUUCUGAUGGAUGGUGGGCUCAUGGAGCCUUGGCAUAUGGUGGUGUGUCCAAAUGAGUACCAAAAAUAGAAGAAGAGAAAAUUUCCCUCUCAGCAAUGCUUUUCAAGAGUGGAUAGACUUUCUUAACUCUAAGGUAGCUUCUCCACUCCUGCACCAAACCGUCUCUUACAUCAGUACCCAUUUAAUGUUUACAUAGCUGCUAAAUCCUAAAAAUUAUUUUCCCUUUGCUGCUGUCCUUGGAAGUAGAGAUAUUGAGUUUCAAGCCUGGAGAAAGUAGGUGUUUUCAAAACAUCUCUUCUGGCUAGCAGUGUCAUAAAUGACACAGGCAGAGAUGUCAGUCGCUGCUCUGGCAGGAAUGGAGGAGCAUUCUAUCUCUCCUGUGCCUCUUUUUCCUUUCCAAUGCAGCACUGAGCCAUGAAACCACUCCCUGAGAGAGUGAUUGGAGUCCUAUUGCUUGCAAUUUUGAAAGACUGAACUGAGGAAAGAGAUAAGAUACUGAAGAGAAGGAAGGACAACAUAUUCCAGCUUUCCCCAACAGUUAAGUAAGCUGGUAGGUUGGUUUCAUGUUGGUGGCUUGCCUCUGUCAUAGACCCAAUCUGAGAGCUCUUUUCAAACUAAAGGAAUGACCAUUGGUUCCUCCUCCCUUCUGCUACUCCCACAUUUUUUAGCAUCUCUGUAAGGGGAAGAGGCAUCAUAAAACUAAUGAUCACUUCCCCACACUGUCAGGAGUCCACAGGAACUGCUCUCCUUCCCAGCACAAGUGACUGAUCCCACUGCUGAAAACUGGAACAGUUGUUCUGAGGGGGAGUUUAACUGCUGAACUACUGGCAGCUUAGGACAAGGUCCCAGCAGGGAAGGGCUGAAAUAACUCUAAAGAAAAUCAUAGCUCUGGGCGGUCCAAAUGUCUUCUUGCAUGUUUUCUCUUGCUCUCUGCUGGCUUUCAGCCUCUCCAGUCUUUGCUGCUUGAUACUCAGAGAACUGAGUUUCUGCAUUCCCUCCCUUUACUGAGCUCAGAGGACUGGUGAAGCAGUUUGAUUUCGAUGUGGUAGGUGAGAUCAGAUUUCUCCCUCCAUGCCCUCUUCUUUUUCUCCCUGUGCAGCUCCUGUCCUUGCAGUUCUCAGGACUUGACUAGCAGAGUUUUUAAAUGAAGUGAAAGUCUUAAUGUGAGGUGAAUCCCAAGACCACAAACAGUUUGGACUUCAAACAGUGAGAAAAUUGGCGCCGGAUGAUUCCGCACACAAAGCAGAAAACUUUCAUUUCCUGCAGGCAGGAUGGAAUUGACUGUUAUAUUAAGACUUCAGAAGGAGCACUGCCCCGGAGUAAUUUCACUGCUGUCAGGCAGUGUUGACAUCUAGAUUAACCUCUGUGCAGUGAAUUUUACAGCAGCGCUCAUUGUAAUGCAUGUGGGGUAUCUCCUGUAAAUCCCAGCUGAAGCCCACAGUGUCCCACCCUUCUGCACAGGAGGAAGGGUUGGGGAGCAGCUGCUAUCAUUUUUGACCCCAGCAAAGUGUGACUCCAGCCUCAUCCAGGCCAGUUCUGCUGAAACUGAUUUUCUGCUGUGCUAAAGUGACAAUAACUCCAGCCUGUAUUUUUUUUUUCCUCUAAUUCCCCAAAGAGGUUUACAUCACAAGGCUGAAAUUUUUGCCAGUGACAAACAGCUCCCUUCAUGUAUCCAGCCAGCAGUACAGUCCUAAUUAAAAGGCACUAGUUAACUAGAGGCAAUUAGCUGCUUGCACUGAUUAAUUCCAAGACAUACAAUCCCCCAACACAAAGCUCUGAUCAGAUGUGAUCUAAAUGGCAGACAAACUCCCAGCUGAUGUGAGAUGGUGGAAUCAAUCCUACUCACCAGCACACAGGCACACAGCGAACGCUGCCUACCAAACCAAAAAUGCAUGAAUUAAAGAAAUUCACACAGUUAACUCAGUGCAAGUCAGAGGACAUUGCAAAAGAAGCCCCUUGGCUCCAGAAAUGAAUGCUCCUGCUGAUAAGUUGAAAGCAUAGGCCUGACCCCAAGUCCUUCUGUCUUUUGCUGUAGGAGGAGAUUGAGCAGGAGGAUUUCCCAGGCAGGAUCACAACAGCUUCUUCACUUUUGUGCUGGCAGAGACAAUCCUGUCUGUGGUUAUUGAGAUGUAUCUCUGAGAUUCACUUUGUGAAAAAAGUCACUAGCAUGUAAAAUAAUACACAAAAGGAAGGGAAGGUUUCUUCGUGUGUUUUUGCCACACCUACUUAUUGAUACACUUAUUUUCCUACUCAGAUGUUGCUCUGCAGUCAUUUGCAGGAGGUUCUAGGCAAGAGAAAAGCUAUCAGGUGCUGAAGAGAUCAACCACUAGCCCUAAGGGCAAAAUCACAAUAGUACUUCUAGAAAUCUCUUCCAGAGCCCAUCUGUCCUCUCACCCACAGCUCUUCACAGUAGCCUUACCAUAACAUUUGCCAAAGGUUUUGGACAGCCUGUGAAGAGGUGACAUAUCUUCAGUUUCCCCUCAUCUUCAGGAGGAAUUGUGACAUUUCUGUAAUUCGACCCAUCAGGAAGAUUCCUUCAAACUAACAUUUAUUACCUCCAAUCAGAAUACAGCUGAAAAGGCUACCCAAGGUUAUAGAAAAGGUCAAGCUCUUGCUUUGGACUGGAAUUUGCUUUGGAAGGAAUUUGAUGGACCAAUUUAACCACCACAGCACAUCAAAACCUGGUGGCUUCAUUUAAAAAGUAAUCAGUAUUGUAUUUCGCUUUAGACAUCCGUGCAUUAGUGUUCUGCAAAUAUGAUUUCCUCUUUGUUUGCAUUAUUGAUGCCAUAAAAUGUCAGACACAUUAAAGAAAAAAAAAAGAAAAAGAGGCCAACCUUUGGGGUUUGGAAUGAUUCUAGCUGAAUUGCAGUUGGGUUACUUUCUGUUUUAUUUCCCAUGGCAGCGAUGCACUGUUACUCAUUCCGCUAUUGUUUUACAAAGAGUUCUCAGUAAGUGUAUUUAUUCAGCCAACCAUAUUUCAGGAAACACAUAACCUUGAUAUUUUUUCCUGUAUGUGGCAGCAUGUGUGAAUGUGUGUUGGAGAGAGGAGGGGAGGUGGAGCUUUUGACAGGAGCCCUCCCAUGUCUCGUAGUGUGUUGGCUUUGUGCAAUGCUGCAUGAAUCCCUCCUGCUCAGGUGCCUGGCUUGAUUUAACCUCAAGAACUGACUUUUGUAAUCAGGAUUUGAGGUCUUCUGGUUUAGCACUGCCCAGAAUCUGUCAUCUGCUCUCACCAUUGAGCAGCCAUCUGCUAUCCACAGAGGUUCCUAGAUGUCUAUGCCACAGAGAUUACACAGUAAUUGAGUCCCAGGCAUGCGAUAGAGGAGUUUUAGCUCAUUCUGAUCCUGGACCAGCAGCAAGUUUGCUGAUUUAGCUUGGUUCCCACCCAAGGUUCACUGACUACAGUUCCCAAGACAAAUACUCUUAGCUGGUCUGUGCUGUUUCUCACAGACCAUUACAAGUACAGGCCUUGGAGACUGUAGCUCUCUGCCUCACCUCUCUAUAGCGAAUGUGGAUCCAUUUUUUGGUGAUCCUCGGAAUUUUUUUGAAGGACAUUCUCCCUCCUAAAAUCUAAGAAAUUCUCAAGUAUUCUGUCUUGUUGAAAAGUGAAGAAAUAAGGUGGAAAUAUCUCCCCUGUGUAGAGAUUUUCAACAAUGGUAAAAUUUCAGCUUUUCCUCACAGUGACAGCAAGACUUGGGUGCAGGGGGAGAAUACAGUGGAGCAGUCUCAGGAAGGGACUCAACUAGGACUUAGACUGCAAAGUCAUCUGCUCACCUACUGAGCCAUUGUCAGCUUCAUAUAGGAAGAGAUCCCCAGCUUUUCUUGAUCUUCAGAUUCCUGCCCAGCUCUCUUGUUUCUAUUCCUGAUCUGAGGAAUGACCAUCAGAUCACCUUCAGAUCUCUUUAUCUUCACAGACCCUUCCCAGGGCUAUCCAAACAGCCCAAAGAAGUGAUGACAGGGGCUGAAUGGGUGUGUAAUUCAGUGUCUUUCUCUCCCUUUUUCAUCAGGGGCAGAGAUAGUGAAAGUGACAGAAAAGAAAAAUUAUUUUCCCCAACAGCAGUGAUCCAGUUUCUUUUAAAACUCUGAUAUUUAAGAUGCCAUACAGCAGUACCUAUAAAUAUGCCUUGAAAUGUUGAAUGAGCACACGAGUAUAUUUGAUUUUGUUUUUAUGCCUAUAAUUUCUCUCACCAAGAAUUCAGCCGUUACUCAGCUCCCAGCAGGUUGUUCUGAUUGCUGGGGAGAUGGUUGGGAUUGAUUCCGGCUGUGACCUGUUCCAGUCCAGCCUCAUUCUUAUGUAGCUAGAUUGAAACAAUAGAAAUCAGCAAGAGACUGAAUUGUUGUUCCUGUGAAACAGAACCUUCUUGUGCAACUCCAGGCUAAAUGUAGAAGGCGUUGAUGACCCACAACUUUGAACUCAGUAAAGGCUGUAGGUACUGAGAAACACUGAACAGAUGUUAGAAACAGAACGUCAGGAGAGAGAUGAAUGCUACAAGAGGAAACAAAAUCCAAACCAACAAACAUUACAUCAGAAAAGACAGUGGUUGGUUUACAAUAUAAGACAAUCCACUGCUGUACAUAAGAAAAGACACAGAAUAUUCAUCCUGGUAACCAAGAACAUUGGCCACCAGGACAAGAGCAGCUCAAACCUCCUCUCACUUUUAAUUUCCUUUUUCUCCUUAUCCUGCUAAUACAGAAAAAUCCUGGCUUAUGGCCUUCCUGGAAACUGAAAUUAAGAGGCAGAUUUGGAAGAGGAUGAGAGGGACUGGAUCCUGCUGGAUGAUAGAACAGCUUUAUAUCCCAGCACCUCUCAGCAGCAAGUGCCUGGUGUGUCCUUUCUUUUAAUUUUUUUUCUCUAUUUUUAUGAGAACCCCUAAUUGCUUCAAGUAGUGUUCACAAAGAGCCUAAAGCAGUUCAGUCCCCAAUCUCUCGGCAAGAUGGAGGUUUCAGCAGACGGACAGGCGUGGUGAGAGGCGUCCCUGCGGAUCAGCACCGCGGACAGCGGCACCGGGCCCGGCGCGGCGCUCCGGCCGCCGCUGGAGGAGGAGCCCCUCCUUCCAUGGAGGAGCCCCACUUUGGAAGGAAUCACACCCCCCCGCUUUUGAAGGAAUCAUACCCACACUUCCCAGAGAACUGCUGUUUCGCCCGUCGUUCGUUUCUCCCAUGUUUUUUUUCUAGUGUGAUUUCAUUGUCUGGUAUCUUGUUUUCAACUGAUGGAGGAGGGAUGGUUUAAAGCACAAACCAAUCAUCCCGAUGCAAGAGGGAACCAUCUUUUUCCUUCAGAGUUAAACUCUCUGCCCCACUUUUUCCUGCACUGGUGUUCCACCUAUGAAGGCUCCAUCUCUAAUUUGGAUUGUGGAAGGUUCUUAUCUUCUCAUCCAUUGAGACAGUUUGACAAAUGGAGAGAUAUUACCCUGGCAGCCCUUUAGAAGCAGAAUCCUUAUUUUAUUGGAAGCAUCAUGUGAUUCAUAUUUCAGCCAUCAAUUGCAUUUACUGUUGGUAAAGGGUAAACAGACAAAUCUCUUGGAAAAUUGCAAGUAAGGGACAUAUAAAUGACACUGUGGCCACUGGAAGUUGUGUUCAAAAAAAAAAAAAGAAAAAAAGGGAAAAAAAAGAAGCUACAUUACUGAGUAGUACAGGGUUGUCAGAAUCACAGAAUCAUAGAAUGGUUUGGGUUGGAAGAGACCUUCAAAAUCACCCUGUUUCAACACCCUAAGGCAGGGACAUUUUCCACCUGACCAAGCUGCACAAAGCCCUGUCCAUCCUGGCCUUGAAGACAAAGAUGAAGAGCCAUGCAGGCACCAUGGCAGGACCCUAAAUGGAGAAGCAGUCUUAUCUCACAGUGGAAAAAAAGGCAAGUGUCUCAGCAUUCAUCUUGCUCAGCCUGCAUACUUGGGAUUUCAUCCUGCAGGUAUUUCUGGAUCAUACUAAGGAAGAUAUACCCUUAAAUUAGGGUUGAAUGUCACCUGGACCUAUCCAUCCUGGUGAGAAGCUGUUGGGCAGGAGCAUGCAGACUCAUUAACAUGCCUGAAAAAUUUAGUGUGAAGAAGAAGAGCCACAAAAGUAAGGCAGAAAGUUGGGCUAUUCCCCCACUCAACAUAUGCUGCUUUUUAGAAGCACUUUCCUCUGUAUCCCACUUCCCACACACUCCCCAGCUGUGACUGGAAGUUACUACAAUGGGACGUGUGCAUGGACACUUAGAGACAGAGAGGACUGGGAAGUGUUUGGGACACAAGACUUCAAAACUUGUAAGUAGCAAUAUUGAAAAUGAGGGGUUAAGGCCAGACUUCUGGUGCUUAGGGCUGUCUGGAAGUCAGAAAGGAUGGGCUUGCAGGGGAUGGCAAAUAUAAUUUAAUUAGGGGCUUAGAGAACAAAUGAUGCUAAGAGGAGGGAUCAAAGAAACCUACUGGGACAGAAGGAGAGGAAGGAAAUGGACAAGGACUUGAUUCCCAGUGGAGGGUCAGUGAUCAAGAGGGUGGUAAAAGUCAGAUAGGACCUGUGGUGAAGCAGAAGAGAGCCCUGGUUGGGGAAGAACUAUAAAUGUGAGGAAAGAGUCCCUACAGAAUGAUGUGUGCUCGUCCAAAUGGGUCCUGAAGGUUUCUCCAAACCUUCAGUUCUGCUGGGCUUCCUCCAGGCUCACAAUUUAUCCUUCAAACCCAACAAACACCAUAACUUUAAGUGCAUUCAUUUUGCUCUCCGACAGCUCUGGUUUCAGUACUAACAGUCUAAAUUGUUUUAGUUCCUCUCAAUCCUCCCGUUCAACCCCCACAACCAGCUAAUUCCUUGUGUGAAGGAGAAUUAGCUUUUUUUAAAAGUUUUCUAUUAUUUUUUCCCAGAAGUGUCCAUUAAAUUUUCAGCUAAACUGGAAGGCAAUUUUUUGCAUGAGAGCUUUACAUAGAUAGGCUUAAAGCAGAACAAAAAUAAAUAAAUAACUAUACUAAAUUACCUCCCCCUCCCCCACCAUGUCUUAAUGAAGUGUUGUUUUACAUAAGUUAUUUCAAGAGAAAUGAAGUAUUUUUGGGCAGGCAAGCAAUCAACAUUUAUUUAGGUUUCCAGGAGUGUUGCAACUCCCUCUGAAUCUUCUGGGUCAGGCAAGGAGGCAAGUUUUCUGCAGGUAAACAUUGAGGAUACACAGACUUCUUGGGUGAAGGCUGUCUUGGGGUCUUCAGGCUGUGCUUGGGAAUGUUUUUAGGGGCUGCACUGUGCAUUUGCCUCUGGUAAUUUUCCAGGGUUUGUGUGUUGGAGCAGUGCUGUCUAUCAGUGGUUUGCGUGGCAGUGUGAUGGCCUAGGCAGAAAAAUCACUUGGAUUUCCAGUGCUGGCCUCAAAAAAACCCCCAUGCACCUCCCAGAAAUCUGCAAGGGCAGACUUAAUUUCCAGGCAGCUGCUCCUCCUGCCAGCUGAACUGCCCUUCAGCAGUGCAGGCAGGCUUGGCGCCCAGAAGAUGCAGCUCCACAGCUCACUCUGGCAGGUACCAGAGUACCUCUCUGGUACUGAGGGGAGGAUGGGGCUACAGCUCAGAGGAAAGACAUUUUGAUGACAUUUGUGUUGUUACUAUUAUUUAAACCAGCUUAUUUUAAUCUCUGCUAAUGUCACAGAAAGACUGCACGAGCAGAAAACAAUCCCUCUGGUGAUCUAUGUUGAAUUGAUUUCUAUAUUUUUGGCAGACUUUUUUUACACUAUGCACUAAUCCAUGUUUGCUUAGUCUGGGGCUUCUUUUGCAUCUUUUGAGUCCUAUUUGACAUUUUGCAAGUGAAUUGAUGGUUCUCAACCUUCUCCAAACUGCAGUCUCCCCUUCUCCAAACCAGAAUUCACCAUUUUCUCCUGCUGGGAACAAGCCAGGUUACCCCUUCAGGGAGAAUCUGGUGAGAGCAAGGAAGCUGUGAUCUCUGCCUGCCCACCCCACCUCCACUGGCUCCAACUCAGAGGAUGAGGAACUCUGAUCUGAGUUUUGGCCAAGAUAGGGUCCCUGCUUGUCCCCUACCUGCCACAUCAUGUGCAUCGAGCUACCCUGGGAGGGGAUGACUGAUACAGCGUUAGUCACACUUACACAAAGAGUUUUUAAAUUAAGAAUUUGCAGUGAGGUCCAGGGACCUGUUAAAGUGCUGAGGUAUUUACCCUCCCCAGACCUUCCCUUCCUUCCCGCCCUGCUUUGGCCCUUCCUCUCUCCCCAGCCUUGAAAUGAAACAGAAAAUUAUUUUUUUAAAACUGUGUCGAUAAUUUAUGUUUAGUAUAAAGGAUGAUUUAAUGGCAUCACCAAAGGUCAUUUUUUUCAUCUCCGUGUUACUGCCCCAGCCCCAGAGGCUGUGCAUCCCCUCUUUCCCGUAACUCCAGCGCCCUCCCUUUCAUUCACCUCACACAUCCUCUGUCACCACCCCACCCCAGCGUUCCGUGCACCCGCUUCAGGUUCAGCCAACGGCCGAUGGAGAACAGAGAUUUCAAACAGAAACCUCCACUCCAGACCACCCCAAACUGAAACCAUCUCCACCCUGAAAACAGUCAGUUGCUGCAAACGACAGGCAGACUCAUUUCUUGAACUAUGUAAGGUUUUUUUUAAAGCCUUUUAUACCUAUUUACGUGUGCGCGUGCGUGCACCCAGUGUGCACAGUGGUACCUGUGUGCACAGAUGCACACCAAUCUCUCUCAAGUAUAAAUAUAUUGUAUGUUAGAGCUGUAAAUACUCCUUGGUCACGUGUCUAUGUCUUCUUCAAAGUAUCAUAUCCUCAGUGUUACGUUAACAAUUCCAUUUAUUGAUUGAUGAAACUAUGUGUAGACCUGUACACUCCUGACAUAGUUUAUGUAGCUCUCUCUUCUCCAAUAAAGUACAAAACUACCACCA